AUGACCACACCCACCCGGAGGAGCGACCACACCCACCCGGAGGAGCGACCACAUCCACAGGGAGGAGCGACCACACCCACAGGGAGGAGCAACCACACCCACCCGGAGGAGCGACCACACCCACCCGGAGGAGCGACCACACCCACAGGGAGUAGCGACCGCACCCACCCGGAGGAGCGACCGCACCCACCCGGAGGAGCGACCUCACCCACCCGUAGGAGCGACCACACCCACCUGCAGGAGCAACCACACCCACAGGGAGGAGCGACCACACCCACCCGGAGGAGCGACCACAUCCACAGGGAGGAGCGACCACACCCACAGGGAGAAGCAACCACACCCACCCGGAGGAGCGACCACACCCACAGGGAGGAGCGACCACACCCACCCGGAGGAUCUACCACACCCACAGGGAGGAGCGACCACACCCACCCGGAGGAGAGCGACCGCACCCACCCAGAGGAGCGACCACACCCACCCGGAGGAGCGACCACACCCACCCGGAGGAGCGACCACACCCACCCUGAGGAGCGACCACACCCACCCAGAGGAGCGACCACAUUCUGA